GCCCUGAGGCGUGCGGGGCGUGGAGGGACGAUGACUCAGUUUCCUCCUGGCUAUAAAAACACUUGUCGGUUUGUCAGAACAGCAGAAAUCAGCAGGAAUGGACACGCAGAACCACUCCGUCCUGAAAGAAGGUUUUUUGGUUAAGAGGGGUCAUGUGGUUCACAACUGGAAAGUUCGAUGGUUCGUCCUGAAAGCUGAGCAGCUGCUUUACUACAGGUUUGAAGGAGGGAAAAGGGACUCGUGUCACAGAGGGAGCAUCCCAUUACAGGCCUGCGAGAUCACCUGUCCUUACCUGGAAUACGAGAACAGACCUCUGGUCAUAAGGCUGAAGACCAACACUUUGUCGGAGUACUUCCUAGAGGCAUGUUCUCGGGAGGAGCGAGACGAGUGGGCCGUGGAGAUCAGCGCAGCCGUGAGGAGACUCGGCUCGGGGGAUGCUCCAGGUCUUUCUCCAGCUGUGUGGAAAACUUCACAUUCGCUGCAGCUCCACAGUGUUAACCUCAGUCAGGUGGUGGACUCUAUGUACGACGUUCACAGUGGCAUCAAGAUGAGCAGCCACGUUGAGCAGGGCAGCACCUACAUGAACUGCUUCUCAGGCUCAGCAGUGGUGGAUUGGUUGGUGUUCACUCAGCUGGCUCUGACUCGGGUGGAGGCAGUGACUCUGGCGUCGGCUCUGGUAGAUGAAGGCAGUGUAAGAGCUGUUGGAUUUAAGAGCGUAGCCGCCGUGAGAAACGCUGCUCUUGGAGAACAGUUUCUCGACGAUUCUACAGCUCUCUACAGCUUUGCUGAGAGCUUUAAGAAACGAGGUAGUUUAAAGUCUGAAAAGUCCAUGUCUGCAGUGGAGCUGAGUGGAAGAGUGCAGAAGAGAGGAUACCUGAUCAAACAGGGACACAAUGUUAAGAACUGGAAGGUACGACUGUUUGUGCUGAGGUCAGAACCUGGUUUCUUGCACUACUACAACCCAAGCAAGGAUGACAUCACUCCAGUUGGCGGGUUUUCUUUGCGCGGCUGUCUGAUUUCUUCUCUGGAUGACAACGGCGUACCUUCAGGUGUGAAAGGUAAAGUCCAGGGGAAUCUGUUUAAGAUCAUCACUCAGAGAGACAUACAUUACUUCUUCCAAGCCCCCACACACCAGGAGAAAAUGAACUGGAUCGAAGCCCUCAAGCAGCAAACGUAAAACCGUGGUUUUGUCUGAGACACAGCUGACGUCAUGGCGGGCUUAAGCUUUUCACACACUUUGUCCUGCAUUAUGUUUACCGUAGUGUUUGUAGCAUUAUAUUACAAACCCCAACAUUCAUCAGUAUGAUGAAAUUAUUUAAAAGGACAUAUUUAUUUAUUUAUCAUUUAAAAUCUUCAAGAACCUGAUAUUCUCAGCAUUUAAACUUUAUGUAAAUGGUGAGCAGGAAAUGCUCUAAAAAUCAUGAUGAAGCUCAUCCUGCUGGCAGGACAUUAACUUCAUUAGGUUCACAUGAAAUUGGCUGGAUGUGAAAUUCACUACAGGACACCAUCAGCGGCUUCUUUCUUUAACUUAUUCUCAUGCUAAGCACUUUUUGUAUGCACCAUGAUACUUGUUUUAA